AUGAGCAGCCCCGAUGCGGGCUACGCCAGCAGCGACGACCAGGCGCAGGGGCGGUGCUCGCUCCCCACCAUGAUGCCGGCCAUGGGCCCGGGCCCGUGCCCGUGGGCAGAGUCGCUGAGCCCGCUGGGCGAGGCGAAGGCGAAGGGCGAGGCGGCGCCGUCGGGGCCGGCGGGCGGCCGGAGCAAGAGCGAGGCGCGGAUCCGGCGGCCCAUGAACGCCUUCAUGGUGUGGGCGAAGGACGAGCGCAAGCGGCUGGCGCAGCAGAACCCGGACCUGCACAACGCCGAGCUCAGCAAGAUGCUGGGUAAAUCGUGGAAGGCGCUGUCGCUGGCGGAGAAGCGUCCGUUCGUGGAGGAGGCGGAGCGGCUGCGGGUGCAGCACAUGCAGGACCACCCCAACUACAAGUACCGGCCGCGGCGGCGGAAGCAGGUGAAGCGCCUGAAGCGGGUGGAGAGCGGCUUCCUGCAGCACGGCCUGGCGGAGGCGGCGGGGCCCGGGCUGGGCAGCGAGGCCGGCGGCGGCGGCGGCAGGAUGUGCGUGGAGGGUCUGGGCCUGCCCUACGCCGAGCAGGGCUACGCGGCGGCGGCGGGCCACUACCGGGACUGUCCGCCGCUGGGCGCCGCCUUCGACGGCUACAGCCUGCCGACGCCGGACCCGUCGCCGCUGGACGCGGCGGAGAGCGAGGCGCCCUUCUUCGCGGCGGGGCUGCAGGAGGAGUGCGCGCUGGUGCCCUACGGCUACGCCCCGCACCCGGCGGCCGAGUACCCGCCGGCGGCGGCCGAGAGCCCGGCGGGCGCCGCGCUGCGCCGGCACCUGCCGCCCGGCGAGGCGCUGGGGCCGGGCGGCUCGCUGCAGGGGCUGCUGGGCUGCCCGGCGCCGCUGCACGCCUACUACGGGCAGGCGUGCCAGCCGCCGGGCCCGGGGCGCGGCCCGCCGCCGCUGCCGCCGGGGGCCGUCGGGCAGCCGUCGCCGCCGCCCGAGGCGGCGCCGUGCCGGGAGCAGCUGGAGCACUUGCCGCAGGAGGAGCUGCUGGGCGAGGUGGACCGCACCGAGUUCGAGCAGUACCUGCGCUUCGCCUGCAAGCCCGAGCUGGGGCUGCCCUUCGCGGGCCACGACGCCGCCGGGCUGCCGGCGCCCGAGGGCGCGGGGCCCAUCUCCUCGGCGGUGUCGGACGCCAGCACCGCCGUCUACUACUGCGGCUACCCCGACGUGUGAGGGACUCGC